AAUGCCAUUUUCCUUUCCUUGACCUCUUGCGUGGAAAGUGGAAUGAAACCCAUCUCAACCAACCAAAACAAAAUCCUCAUUUUCUUGGAGUAAGUAAAUACACACCACCACCAUGCUUUGAGUCCUUUGCCAACAGCACCACCCCGAAUUUUUCAUACAUUACAAAUUGCACAUAUUAGGGAACAUAAAAACAAAGAACCCUCCAAUUGCAUUUCUUUCCCACCCUUUUUUUGUUAAGCUUGCACCACACAAACACACACCCUUCUUUUUGUCUCAUUCAAAUUCCCUCUCCAACUUCAAUUUCAGCCACGCAUUGAUCAUUCCACAGCCAUGGACGUUUCAUCCCCCUCAUCAUCACCAUCAAUGGCCCUUCCAUCAUUACAACAACCCCGAAACAACGCACUAUCGAAAGUUUCGAUUUUUCGACGUUUAACCCCGCCGACAACCUUAAUCCCAUCAUGGGCAUGUUCCACCAAACCCAACAACACCCUCUCUCCGGUUUCCUCAAAGUUCCCAUCUUUCCUACGUUGCUCCACGAAACCAGACACCAGUGCCAACAGUGAGACCCAACACAAUGAACCCAACUCAAUUUCCAACUUCCAAAACGACCCAGAACCAGAUUCAUCAAGUGAAGCCUUUUCCUCUCCACAACCUUCACAAAAGCCUCCACCUUGCUCUUCCUCAAGAGGGUUGGUGUUUGAUUUGGGUCCUUCAAACUCUUGGGACGGUGCAGAUGUUGGGUCCCCUGUGGUGAAGAGGUUUCUGAGUGAUGAGGAAGAGAGGUGGUACAUGUGGUACCAUGGGAGGGCCAAAGGGCACCCUUCUUGUGAUUUGAUAGGGUUGGCAAUUUCAAGCAAUGGGGUUCAUUGGGAGCGUGGGGGAGGGCCUGCUAGGUCAAGUUCUGAUGUGGGUUUUGUGAUGAGUUGUGGUAAGGAUUGGUGGGGUUUUGACACUGGUGGCAUUAGGCCUUCUGAGAUGGUGAUCAUGUCUAGUUCUAGAGUUAGGGCUUCCAGUGCUGUGUACUGGCUUUACUACACUGGCUAUGGUUCUGAAAGGGUGGAGUUUUCUGAUCACUCUUUGGAGUUUAGUGUGGAAAACCCUGAUGGAAUUGAAGGUGGUGUGAGUUGUGGUAAUGGGAAGGUUUUCAAGUCCUUGCCUGGUUUGGCUAUUAGUCAGGAUGGGAGGCAUUGGGCUAGGAUUGAGGGGGAGCAUCAUAGUGGGGCAUUGAUUGAUGUUGGUGGUGAAAAGGAGUGGGAUUCUUUGUUUAUUUCUUCCCCACAAGUUGUAUACCAUGGGAAUGGUGAUCUUAGGAUGUAUUACCAUUCAUUUGAUGUGGAAAAGGGCCAUUUUGGAGUUGGGAUUGCCAGGUCAAGGGAUGGAAUCAGGUGGGUGAAGUUGGGGAAAAUAAUGGGGGGAGGGAAAGCUGGCUCUUUUGAUGAGUUUGGAGCGAUGAAUGCAUGUGUGAUAAGGAACCGGAAGGGGGGGAACUAUGUCAUGGUGUAUGAAGGUGUUGCUGCUGACGGGAGGAGGAGCAUUGGUGUGGCUGUGUCUCCUGAUGGGUUGAAGGAAUGGCUGAGGCUUCAGGAUGAGGCGGUUUUGAAGCCAUCAGAGCUCGGUUGUUGGGAUGAUAAGGAUGUUGGAUCCCCAUGUCUGGUUGAAAUGGACACAGAAGGAAAUGAGUGGAGGUUGUAUUAUAGAGGUGUUGGAAAUGGAGGAAGAUUUGGAAUUGGAAUGGCUGUUUCGGAAGGGAGGGAUAUUGGAAGGUUUAGAAGAUGGACAGGUUUUCAUGUAUAAUAAUGUAGGUGUAUGCAUUGUUUUGUUAUCAAUUAUUUAAACAUAGCCAAACACAGUAUUUCAUUUUUUGUGAAUUGUAUUUUUUUCUUUUGCUGAGUUUGAA